AGGGUGUAGAGGAAGCACACACACUCACUCUGCUCUCUCACUAGGAGGAGGAGUCGGAGGAGCAGCUGCAGCGGCGGCGGCCUGAGCGAUAGGAUGUCCCGACAUGAAGGUGUCAGCUGUGAUGCAUGUUUAAAAGGAAACUUUAGAGGCCGACGAUACAAGUGCUUAAUUUGCUACGAUUACGAUCUGUGUGCGUCUUGCUAUGAAAGUGGUGCAACGACGACAAGGCAUACAACUGACCAUCCAAUGCAGUGCAUAUUGACAAGGGUAGACUUUGAUUUAUACUAUGGUGGGGAAGCCUUCUCUGUAGAACAGCCACAGUCUUUUACUUGUCCUUAUUGCGGUAAAAUGGGCUAUACAGAGACCUCGCUACAAGAGCAUGUGACUUCAGAGCAUGCAGAGACAUCAACAGAAGUGAUUUGUCCAAUAUGUGCAGCAUUACCAGGGGGAGAUCCAAAUCACGUCACAGAUGAUUUUGCUGCCCAUCUUACACUUGAACACAGAGCUCCCAGGGAUCUAAUAUCCUUUUUUUCUAUUUUCUAUGAUGAAUCCAGUGGCGUUCGGCACGUACGAAGGAUGUUUCACCCUGGCCGAGGGUUAGGAGGGCCACGAGCUCGCAGAUCAAACAUGCACUUUACUAGCAGUUCCACUGGAGGGCUUUCAUCCUCACAGAGCUCGUAUUCACCAAGCAAUAGGGAAGCCAUGGAUCCUAUAGCUGAGUUAUUAUCUCAAUUAUCAGGCGUUAGGCGUUCAACGGGUGGUCAGCUUAACUCCUCGGGGCCUUCUGCCUCUCAGCUGCAACAGCUACAAAUGCAGUUACAAUUAGAGCGGCAGCAGGCACAGGCAGCGCGGCAACAACUAGAAACGGCACGUAACGCCACCAGACGCAACAAUGCAAGUAGUGUCACUACCACCAUUACUCAAUCAACAGCAGCAACCAACACAUCCAAUACGGACAACAAUCAGCAAACUAUACAGAAUUCACAGUUUCUCCUCACAAGACUGAAUGAUCCGAAGAUGACAGAAGCCGAGCGACAGUCAAUAGAAAGUGAACGCGCAGAUCGCAGCCUCUUUGUCCAGGAGCUGUUGCUUUCUACAUUGAUGCGGGAAGAAAGCUCCUCCUCAGAUGAGGAUGAGCGGGGGGAAAUAGCCGAUUUUGGGGCUAUGGGUUGUGUAGAUAUAAUGCCUUUAGAUGUUGCGUUAGAAAACUUAAAUCUCAAAGAGAGUAAUAAAGGAAACGAGCCUCCGCCACCUCCUCUUUGAUGACAUCCCCCUUUGCAGACAAUGUCCUCUGUGCUGUAACUGCCAAUGAAAGUGGACAAACGACUAUCUUUGGGUUUGUUUUGGUGAUUGUAAUUUCCAGUCUGUCACUCUUGUUACAUUGUGUACAUUCAAAAAAGUAAAAAAAAAAUGUAAAAAAAUUGAAAAAGAGACAGAAGCAAAUAUAUAUGACAAAAUCACUUAACUAAUUUUUACUUCUAGCAAAUAUACAUAGGUAGCAGUUCCAGAGGCAGCCGUCUGCUUCCUGUACCUUGACGUAAACAAAAAUAAAGCUCUCCUAAUCUCCCACAUUCAAACUGAAGAGGAAAAUCUAUAUGGAUAAAAAAAAUCUAAUGAAGCUGCUGUGUGUAUUUAUGAAUAUUAAUUAAUAAAAACUGCUUGGAUGGUUUACCAUAACUACUGCAUGAGGUUUUUUGCAGCGUGCAUGAGUUUUUAGUGACAUUGUCAUUAAGGGGGAAAAAAAAAAGACAUAUGAAACAGACUUAAGUUCCAAGACUGUUAAACCGUAAAUCCCAAAGCUUUCCUAAACAUUAUUCAAAAGGUUACAGCACCUGACGACAUGCAACGUUAACCUAAACUAGUGGGGUUCAGCCUUGGAUCUUUUGAAUAAUGUACGAUUAUUUUAUGUGAGUGAAAAGCAAGUUCUGCAGUGGCGUUAACUGUAUGUCUGCUUGGAUUUUCAUGUGACAAUUUCUCUAAAAUGCCAUCAUAUGCAGUUGCCACUAGAAGGUUGUUUUACUAAAUUAUAAAUAGUUAAAAAAAAAUAAAAAUCUUAUAGAUUUGUUGUGUAUUUUGCUAAGUAUACGGAUAAGGCAUUAUUUAAUCAUUAGAUGGCAGCUUUGUCCUUUUCUUUUUUUCUAGAACUAAGAAAUGCGUGAGACUUCUAUCUGCAGAAGAGAAUAAGUAUAUAUGUUGCCUGUAGAAGCCAAUGAAAUAAGUCUUUCAUUUUCUAGCUUGAACUGGAAAAUGACAGCUGGAAUUUGGUGAUGAGCAACAUAUGCACUUUCUUUUAGACACCUUUGAAAAUGUGAGGUCUAAUAUAUUGGCUGAUCUGAGCAAUCUAACUCGAUCUCGACCAAGUCAGUAAAAGCAAAUAUGCAAAAUUUACUCCAUAGAGACCUUCUUUUAAUUCCAGUUUAAAAUUGAAAUACAAUAUUAUAUUGACAUUACAGUCAGGCCGCUGUCAGAAAUUGCAAUAUAUGUGAUCCUUCAAGCAAACCUUGUUCUGUGUUUAAUUUUUUUUUUUUUCUUCAUGUGGUUGUAAACAAAGCCUUUUCAACUGUUUAAUUUGUUUUAUCCAGGUGUAGAUUAUUUCAUUUAAAUGCUGUUUAAAGGCAAACGUUAGCCCAGAUUAUGUUGUCUUAGUUUAAAAAAAAAAAAAAAAUCAUUUUCACAUUCUUAAUUCUAUUUUCCUGAGUUCUCUUAUUUAUGUAUUUGCUUCUUAGUUUGCAAAGAUUGUCCACAAAAAGGAGAGCAUGAGGAUUUUUCCUCCCAGGCUUUGUCGGUAUAUAAUACAUAAUUCCUAAUGCUAUUGUUAGCACUUUUUUUUAUUUAUUGUUACUUUUUUUUGAUUUUUCUUUUGGUAUACAAGUAAAAAGCCUUUGAUUAAAAAUCAUGCCACCUUCAUGCCUAUACUAUUAUUCCUAUAUGAAAAUUAUGUACAGUGUUCAGUGUACAGUGCAUAGAAUUUCAUAAAGGUCCCAACACAGUGGGUAGCAGGUACAUUUUUUUUUUUUUUUUUGUUAAGCAAUGAAAAGUUAGAAUAUAAACAAAAUAAAAGGACAAAGGAGUA